CGCCAGCCAGGAUUUGCUCCACUCCCUCUCCCUCGCUCGCUGACUUCAGUUCAGCUCCUCCCCCGUGUGGUUGUGGCUUUCCCUUCCAUCAAAAGCCUGAUCAGCAACGCCAGUCUUGGGGGAAAAAAAAAGAAAGAAAAAGAAAAAGAAAAAAAAAGAGGAAAAAAGAAAAAAGUGCAAAAGCGGGAAAAGAAAACCAGGGGAAAAAAGAGGGGGAGAGAAAGCCGCUUCCCCUCCUCCCCGGCUGCAUCAAACACAGCAGAGUCUGAAACUUUAUGGAGUUGUGGUUGUGUUCACCCCGCGGUGGGUAAAUCGGCAGCACCCCGCUCUCUCGCUCCUUCGCUCUCCUUCCUGCUCCUUCUCUCUCCCUCUCAUCAGCAAUCAGCAGCGAUGGAAAAAGUUGCUGGCUGGUGCCCAGCCUGGCACGUCGCUCUCCUGUACUGGACAUGGCUUUUCCUCUUCACUUUUGGCUUUGCCGGUGCAGAAAUAACUUGCAGAUCCUGCCAUUCCCAGGUGAAGCCGCAGCAGCAGCAUCCGCAGCAGGGACCGCUAAUGCAUUUGCGGAGCGACCGAGGAGAAAGGGAGCAGGGGAGGUUCCCGGCGGAGAGGCGAGGUGAGAGCGGGCACGGGGCCGGCAAGGAGGAGGAGGAGGAUGCCGGGCUGCAAGCGACCCUCGCCCCUGCUCCCACGGCGGCGAAGCUCCGCGGCGGCAGAGCACCGAGGCAGCCGGCGGCGGCCGGGGGCCGCCGGCCGCGGGAGAGCGCGGCCCCCCCCGCGCCGGCCGCUGCCCGCCGGGGCCCGGCGCCCCCCGGGCGGCCGCGGCGCAGCCGGGCCGAGCCGCCGCCGCCGCCGCCGCCGCCGGGCCGCAGCCCGCGGGGCGCGGCGGGGCCGGGCGCGGCGGGGCGGGAGCCGGGGGGCGCCGGCGCCGCCCGCUUCGGGCUGGAGGAGCUGCGGCUGGGCAGCACCACCUUCGCCCUCGCCGGCGACUCGGCGCACAACCAAGCCAUGGUGCACUGGUCCGGGCACAACAGCAGCGUGAUUCUAAUUCUGACAAAGCUGUAUGACUACAACCUGGGAAGCAUCACAGAGAGCUCUCUUUGGAGGUCAACAGAUUAUGGGACAACAUAUGAGAAACUGAAUGAUAAAGUUGGCCUGAAGACUAUUUUGAGCUACUUGUACGUUUGUCCGACAAACAAACGUAAGAUUAUGCUGCUGACUGAUCCAGAGGUUGAGAGCAGCUUAUUGAUUAGUUCUGAUGAAGGGGCCACCUAUCAAAAAUACCGGCUGAACUUCUACAUCCACAGCCUGCUCUUCCACCCCAAGCAGGAAGACUGGAUCUUAGCAUAUAGUCAAGAUCAGAAGUUAUUCAGUUCAGUGGAGUUUGGCAGAAGAUGGCAGCUUCUUCAUGAGGGAGUUGCACCAAAUAGGUUCUACUGGUCUAUGAUGGGAUCCAGUAGAGAGCCUGACCUUGUGCAUCUGGAGGCAAAGACAGUGGAUGGUCAUGCUCAAUACAUCACCUGCAGGAUGCAGAACUGCAGUGAAGCCACCCGCAGCAAACCCUUUCCAGGCUAUAUUGACCAUAAUUCCCUUAUCGUCCAGGAUGAUUAUGUCUUCGUUCAGUUGACAUCAGGAGGAAGACCACAUUAUUACGUUUCUUAUAGGAGGAAUGCAUUUGCACAGAUGAAGCUGCCGAAGUAUUCCUUGCCCAAGGACAUGCAUGUUAUCAGCACGGAUGAAAAUCAGGUGUUUGCAGCUGUUCAAGAGUGGAACCAGAAUGAUACGUACAACCUGUAUAUCUCCGACACCCGAGGGGUGUACUUCACCCUGGCCUUGGAAAAUGUCAAGAGCAGUCAAGGGCUGGAGGGGAAUGUCAUGAUUGACCUCUAUGAGGUAGCAGGGAUAAAGGGAAUGUUCUUGGCUAACAAGAAGAUUGACAACCAAGUGAGAACUUUCAUCACCUACAAUAAAGGGAGAGACUGGAGCUUGUUGCAGGCUCCGGACACUGAUCUGAGAGGAAACCCCGUUCACUGUCUCCUACCCUAUUGUUCUCUUCAUCUUCACCUGAAGGUCUCAGAGAAUCCCUACACUUCAGGAAAUAUCGCAAGCCGAGAUACCGCCCCCAGCAUUAUUGUAGCUUCAGGUAAUAUAGGCACUGAACUAUCAGACAAUGACAUCAGCAUGUUUGUUUCUUCUGAUGCUGGGAACACAUGGAGACAGAUCUUUGAAGACGAGCACAGUGUUCUGUACCUGGAUCAAGGCGGAGUACUUGUCGCUAUGAAACACACAUCCCUGCCUAUCAGACAUCUCUGGUUAAGUUUCGAUGAAGGGAGCUCUUGGAGUAAAUACAGCUUCACAUCCCUCCCACUGUUUGUGGAUGGAGUGUUAGGGGAACCUGGAGAGGAAACUCUCAUCAUGACAGUGUUUGGACAUUUCAGCCACCGCUCAGAAUGGCAGUUGGUGAAAGUGGACUACAAGUCCAUUUUUGAUCGGAGGUGUGCAGAAGAGGACUACAGGCCUUGGCAACUCCAUAGCCAGGGAGAAGCUUGCAUCAUGGGAGCAAAAAGGAUCUACAGGAAGCGCAAGUCAGAGAAGAAAUGCAUGCAAGGAAAAUAUGCUGGGGCUAUGACCUCGGAGCCAUGCGUGUGCACAGAGGCAGACUUUGACUGUGAUUAUGGAUAUGAACGUCACAGCAAUGGACAGUGUUUGCCAGCCUUUUGGUAUAACCCAUCUUCCCUGUCAAAAGACUGUAGCCUUGGACAGAGUUAUCUCAACAGUACUGGAUAUCGGAAAGUUGUUUCUAAUAACUGCACGGACGGCGUCAGAGAACAGUACACAGCAAAACCACAGCAGUGUCCUGGCAAAGCUCCCCAGGGACUUCGCAUAGUCACAUCUGAUGGCAAACUGACAGCUGAUCUAGGACACAAUGUCACUUUCCUGGUCCAACUGGAAGAAGGAGACCUCCAGAGAUCCAUCAUUCAAGUGGAUUUUGGAGAUGGCAUCGCUGUGUCAUAUGCCAAUCUCAGCUCAACAGAAGAUGGGAUCAAGCACAUCUACCAGAACGUGGGCAUAUUCCGAGUUACCGUGCUAGUGGAAAACAGUCUGGGAUCUGACAAUGCUGUGCUCUACUUGCAUGUAACAUGCCCCUUGGAACAUGUUCACUUAUCUCUGCCAUUUGUCACCACGAAGAACAAAGAGGUCAAUGCCACGGCAGUACUGUGGCCAAGCCAAGUUGGAACACUUACUUACGUCUGGUGGUUUGGGAACAACACAGAGCCAUUGAUCACAUUGGACGGCAGUAUCACAUUCACAUUUUCUGUGGAAGGGAUGAAUACAAUCACCGUUCAGGUCUCAGCAGGAAACACCAUUCUGCAGGAUACAAAGACUAUUGCUGUGUAUGAGCAAUUUCAGUCCCUUCGGUUAUCGUUCUCUCCAAACCUGGAUGACUACAAUCCGGAUAUUCCAGAGUGGAGAAGGGACAUCAGUAGAGUAGUCAAGAGAGCUCUGGUGGAGGCAACAGGUAUUUCAAGCAAGCAUAUUCUGGUCGCACUGCUCCCUGGUUUGCCCACAUCUGCUGAGCUCUUCAUUUUACCAUAUCAAGAUGCCACAGGAGAAAAUAAAAGAACAGCAGAAGACCUAGAGCAGAUUUCAGAAAUACUGAUCCAGAAACUGAACCAAAAUUUUGUGCAUUUUGAGUUGAAGCCAGGGGUUCGAAUCCUUGUCCAUGCUGCUCAUUUAACAGCAGCUCCCUUGGUGGACCUCACUCCCAGUCACAGUGGUUCAGCUAUGCUGAUGCUCCUCUCCGUGGUUUUUGUGGGACUAGCCAUCUUUGUAAUUUACAAGUUCAAAAGGAAGAUUCCUGGCCUUAAUAUAUAUGCACAGAUGCAGAAUGAAAAAGAUCAAGAGAUGGUCAGUCCAGUCAGUCAGAGGGAAAGCAUACCUAAUGUCCCUCAAAGUGAGCUGAUGAGCCCUGAGCAACUAGUAGAUGAGAAGUUGGAUAUCCAGCCCAUAGAGCAACCCCAGGCCACAGUCCAGAACCCAAGGAAAGGAAAUGCCACCAAGGUAGUCUGGACAGAGGACUUCCAAAAGGCUUGUGGAUCACCAAGAGGUUUCAAGCCAAGACCCGGAGCGGAAGUAUUUCCACAGCUGCUGAGCCCCAGAGCACAAAAGAAAUCCCUACCUAUGUAAAUGGUUGAAUUGAGGACACCGGUAUAUAUGUAUAUCUUAAAAAAAAAAAAAAAAAAAAAAAAAGAGGAGAGCUCACUGCAUUUGGACUUUUUAAUUCUUCAGAUGACAAAGGGUUUUUAGCUUUAAGCCUGUGCAUGUGGACAUUAUACUGAGACCAUAGUGGAACUGCAUUGUACAGGUGUUAAAUUUUAGUGGGAGUUGGGAGGGGGGAAACAAUACCACUAUUCACCCCUGUGGCUCUUCCCCUCACCCCUCCACUUUUCUCUUUUUUCUUAUCUUUCUCUAAUUUGUAGGAAAUUCAUAAUUAAUAUAGGCCAAAAAUAUGCAUGGGGGUCUCUUCUUUACAGAGAGGGGUGGGUUGGGAUUUUUGGAGGGGGGGGUCAGGGGAGGAGGGAGGGGGCAUCAAGGGUUCUUGGCUUUAGAUUUAACUGCUGUUUUAGCACUUUGGGCUGUGGGAGGACUAGCCACCCCAGCAGACUUUCACAAGAAAUCACACUGGAGUUUAAAGGCACUGAAAAUACUCUUGGGUCAGUUUGGUUUAUGUCUUUUUUUGGACCCUGCCCUUCCUUCCUCUAGCUGCAGCUGCUGCCUGCGCCCCACGGCUGUGCAGAAGCUGAGUGGGUGCGUGGGCAAUCCCAGCCGCAAAGCCAGGCUCUUUCUUAAGCAGUUUCUUAGCCUACUCACACUGAGGUACCCUCUGAUAUCACUGCUCAGAGAUAACUCUUUCUGCCUCCUGACCUUGGACUGAACAAAACUAGCAUACAUUACAGGCAGGGAGGUCUGUCUAUACUGCACUUUGAGGAGGUUAUUGCCAGCAUGUACUUACACUGUACUUUGUACCAGCCUUACACCUUAAAUUUUGACUAAGAGAAAGCCCUAAUAAUGUCCUCAGUGGCUUUUAGUGCUGAUGUUUGGAUUUGUCUGGGGAAAUCCUGGGAGACCUUUGUCUUUUGGGAGUUACCCCAAGGCCUGUCAUUUUUUGGAAGACAUCUAAUCCAUGGAUAGGGAGCAGGGAAAAGUUUAUAUGUGGUUUCUUAUAGCCUUCUUAGCAAAUCCCACUUGGUCACAGAUGUGCGAACUACUGCUGUUCUGAGCAGAGGAGGGGAGGAUAAAGCAGGACUUGGGCUGAGAUUGUUCCCAUGCAUGUUGAGCCCCAGCACCACAGGACUGCUCCUGUACGAGAUUCGAUUUCUUAUCACUAACCCUUACACGGCAGCUGGAACUGUGACUGCAGGACACGUGCACAUAGACUAUGCAAGGAAACGGCAGGGAGCAGGCCUGGUGCUCGUUGUACAAGUCCUCCCAGAACUCUGGGUAUUUGCUGAAUCUGAACCCCUGGUGUUUCACAGUUACUGAUUUCCAACUCAGCUCAGGUAAACCCAGCUCCAGGAUUUGGGUCUGAUGUGCAAACAGGUAAAGACAGUAACCGAAAGACAUUUACUUAACUACACUGAGCAAAGGCAAAUAGAGGCUGGUUCCUAAUCAGUGUAGCAGGCUUAGGAAGGCACACUGAUUCUCGAUGUGUUUGUUCGAAAGGCAUUGCACAUGGUAACCCGAGUCAAGGGCAGGACACAGCGGCGUUACUGGAAUCCCAAGGGGGAAGGGAUGGUUUUGAAUUUUUCUCUCAUAAAUUGGGCAUGGGGCCCAACCAACCUCACUGGUGGCAAAGAAAAAAAAGUGAUACCAAGUGCAAGAACAUUAGGCCCGUAGUGAACAGACAAUCACACAACAGUCCCCUGCCCCUUCCUGUAGUUUCUCUGAAGGCAGGUAGAAACACAGCAAUUUGUGUGGCUUUGCUAUUGUGUUUGCAACUACAGCUUUAAGAAAGACGGGAAAGUUUUGGCAGCAACUGUAUAAUACUCCCCACGGAAGUCCAACAUUAGCCAACUUAUUUUUAUAGUAAGUCAAUCAAAAAGUUUUCUUAUAGCGUUGGAACUAUUUCUAAUUUUAAAAUUACUUUUUUGAUGUACUUUUUCAUCUUAUUUUUCCCCUUCGUUAAAUACAAUGUAGUGUAAUGUAUAAUUGCUAUUGUUUAUUGCUUUUACAGUCAUAUUUAUUAAACAGAUUAUGUCUCUAAA